AUGGACUCCAUCAUCGAAGUGCAGCGGCACACCCACGAGGAGAUGGAAUACUUCGAGCGCGCUCUCUACACCAUCCUCUCGCGCCCCCAGCCGACGCAGGAGGCCCGCCUCCAGACCGAGCACAAGGCCGCGCAGCUGCUCGACCGCCUCUCAACGAGGGCCACCGAGCUGUACAACCUGUACGAGGACCGCGACGCGCACAAGACUGAAAUUGACUCCCUCACCUCCGCGCAGCCCCAAGACCUCUCCGCGUUCUACAACCGCCUCGGGCGCAUCCAGGAACACUACGCCAAGUAUCCCGACGCGGUCGUAGCGGGCUUCGACCCCGAGUUGUCUGUGUUCCUUGAGGAGACCACCGAGGAUGUCGGGGAUGAGGAGUACGAGGAAGACGACCCUAUUGCGUUGCUCUUUUCGGGUGAAGAGGGCUAUGGAAAAUAUCUUGACUUGUACGCUAACCAUACUGCUUAUAACAAUCUCAAGAACAUCGGCAAGCGGCUGGGCUAUCUCCAGUACCUCGACGUUCUCCUCGGUGCCCAGUCUGCACCACUACACUCGGACUUGUCGAAAGACUGUAGAUUGACAAGAGAUUACGAGUUGUACAUUAAAGCGCUCCACGCCUACCUCAUAUCAUUCACGAAACGCGCACAACCGUUAGUUGAUGUUGAGUCACGGCAGCGUGAAGCAGAAGCUCAGUUCUCUAAGCAGUGGGAUGCAGACGAGAUCGAAGGUUGGGAAGAGUCGCGCCAGAGCAAGCCCACCACAAACGGCAACAAUGCAGAGGGCAUCUGGUGCUCAGCUUGCCAGAAAAUGUACUCCAAGCAGACUGUGUAUGAUGCGCAUCUCACAUCCAAGAAGCAUGUCAAAGCGACCGCAAAACAGGCAACCUCCGAGCCCCCACCCACAAAUCCCAACGGGCCUGCCGCUGCCAUUCACACGACGAAUGGAACGUCCACACCCCCCGCCAAGUCCAAACAUCGGACCGCCGCGCUACUCACUCACUUGACCACACAGCUACUGGUCUCGCUCAGCCCUGUUCUCACCGAGACUAAGUCUAACGUCGAGCGGCGCUUCUCCCUCACUGCACGUGAGCGUGAGCAGGAGCUUCUCGAGCAGGCCCAGCCGCCCCAGGUGCCCGCAGCUGCAGCCGGCGAAGCGGGCGCAGAGGAGGAGGAAGAGGAGGAGCGGAUCUACAACCCGCUUAAGCUGCCGCUCGGCUGGGACGGGAAGCCCAUCCCUUACUGGCUGUACAAGCUCCACGGGCUCGGGGUCGAGUACCGCUGCGAGAUUUGCUCCGACCACGUUUACAUGGGAAGGAAAAACUUUGACCGGCAUUUCCAAGAAUCAAGGCAUGCAUUUGGCAUGCGGGCUCUUGGUUUGCCUAACACGAAGCAUUUCCAUGAGAUCACUCGGAUCGAAGAUGCUCUUGCGCUUGCCGAAAAGCUGAAGCGCGAAGGCAGGAACGAGAUUUUCGAGCAGGAGACCAUGGAGGAGCUGGAGGACGAGGAGGGCAACGUAUACAACCGGAAGACAUACGAAGACCUGAAGAAGCAGGGUUUGAUCUAG